AUGGUUACGGAAUCAUAUUACUGUCCACCUAUUUGCAAACAUAGGAACGCAUCGGGAAAACUUCCCGAUAAAAUAAAAAAUAUUAAGUAUCAAGUCAAGAAAGCUACAAAUUGUUCAGCAGCAUCUUGUUCCAAAGGAUCUUCGUUCAUUCGUAGUCAAGAGCAAAUCACUCAUCCUGCAAAGUUAAAAGGCAGUUGUGAUCUAAAUAAUCCUGCAAUUAAAAGUGCAAUUGCUUGCUUGAAGCAUGACGGCACUGAAUCUUGGCCUGAAAUCUUACGUAAUUGGUCAGUGACACAUUUUUUAAGAUUUCAAUAUCUCAGAAAAACAAGACCUUUGGCAUCACAAGCAGAAAGAGAAUCUUCUUCUCAAGUAUCGCAAGAUUCUGACGUUUUAGUGAACGAUUAUUUGAAAAAUUGGAAUGUGCUUCAAUUGCCUAAUGCAUAUCUGCUGAUUCAGCAAGAUUUUAAAGAACUAUAUCCCGGAAGAGAAGACGGUCUUAUGUCAAAAUGGGAUAUAACCAAAAACGCUUUGAUUGAUCUUCUUAAAGCUGAGAUUUCAAAAUCAGAUCAGUACGGCAGAAAGUUACUUACAGAUGUUAUUGCUACAGAUGCAGACAAAAAUGAUGUAAUCCUGUUUCACUUGCUACCAUCACUUUGCUGCAAGAGAACAAGAGGUGCAAGUGUUGGUGUAUCGUCGGUCGCAGAAGCCGUAAAAGCCUUUAUACUUCAUGUUCCUAUUCCGGGAGACUUGAAUCGGCAAAUUAAUACGUAUAGAAAGUGGCUGGCAAACAGAGGUCUGAAUUUGCAGCCAAUGUUGAUUUUUGUUGGACCAAAUUUGUCGAAUAUUAAUGCUAGUUAUGUACAAAUAGACACUGUGCGGUAUCAGCUUUGUACUCCACUAAAGGCUUUAGAUACGUGCUUCAAGGCGUUCCAGGCAUUGGACGCUGCAUAUCCGGAGGAGUGUUGUGCGGUUUGGUUUUUUAUCCAAAAAUAUUUUUAUGACUUAUAUCUAGAAGAGGACGAACAGAUUCCUCGAGUGACAAAUGUAAUUAGUUCUUUAAAAGGAUUGGUUUCAAAGAUAAAUACUAAUUAAUAUCUCUAUAUGUAUUACGUGUA